GUUUAUCGUUUGAUAUUUUGUUGUUAGAGGCUUAGAGCACAAAAUGCAGAUACAGGCACCGCUCCAUGCUCUCCAACGCCCGUUUCAGCCACCACUUUCUCUUCAAUUCCAUUCCAAACCUUCUUUUCCAACUCCAACCAAACACGUCCCUUAUCCUCUGCACUCCCAUACCACCACUUCUGACAAUUCCUUCAUCCAUUUUUCACGCCUUUUGCAUUCAGUUAAGUUUCGUUCCGUUGCGGCGGUUGCAGCAGCCGACGAGGUUGUUAUCGACGACGGCGACACCACCGACGAACCGGGCUUCGUCAACAUUGGCUACAUAUCCAGUGUUCACGGUGUCCAGGGCGAGAUUCGCGUCAAGCCAACCACCGAUUUUCCUCAACUGCGCUUUUCCACUCCUGGGAGAAGAUGGUUGAAGAGCAAGGUUUUGGGUGGAGACACCAUUCAACAAGUUGAGCUGGAGGAAGGUAGAGAGCACCCUGGACUCAAGAGUUGGAUACUCAAAUUCAGAGGAAUUGACACAGUGGACCAGGCUAAGAUGCUUAUUGGCGCUACCUUGCUUGUGACAAAAGAAGACAGGCCGGAAUUAGAGGAGGGUGAAUUUUACACACAUGAUCUGAUAGGGAUGAGAGUUUUUAUGAAGGAAAAUGGAAAACUUGUUGGAACUGUUGUGAAUGUUUUCAAUAGUGGAGCAAAUGACCUACUACAAAUUGUACUUGAUUCAUCUUUUGAUAUGCUUGAUAAAAGUGGCAAGUCAAGGUCGACAGAAAUAGACGCAUCUAGUCAGCUUGUUUUGGUACCUUUUGUUGAAGCCAUUGUUCCAGACGUUGAUAUGAAAAGAAGAGAAAUGCAUAUUACACCGCCCAAGGGACUCCUAGAAGUAAAUUUACGAUUUGAUGAGAGGUCGAAAAAAGAAAGGCGCCAGCUUGAAUGGAAAGAAAGGAAAAAGUUUCAAAAGCGUCUCAUAGCAGCAAAAAAGAAACUCUGUGAAAUGGAGCAACAACAUGUAUUUCAUGGAUUUCAAUAUGGAGAGAAAGAUCAGUGGAGCUUGCUCAGUAAUCAGAUUGUUGGCUUAAACUCCAAAUUGCUCCAGGAGGCUUUACAAAGUCUUGAACAGCCAGCAAAGAGAUGGAAAGUAGCUGAGUUGGUUAGUGCCAUAAAAGCAAAGCUUAUAAAUUCUAUCCAAAUAUCAGAGGAAUCUUUCUCAAAUGGAAGUGAAAACAAAUUGGUUAGAGAUAUGCAAGAGAAGGGACUUGAGCUCAUGUCUGAAGGCAAAAUGGCUAUUGUCCUUCUCUUGAACGAAAAAGAGCAUCAGGGAAGCAUUUGUGACUCUAACAUGUUUGAAAAUGAAGCAAUUGACACUUCGGUACUUCACAUGCUUCAAAAGGUCAAAGAUCAUGUGUCUGAGCCUUUAAUUCUGGUUUCAUCAAGCAAACAAAUUCAGUCUUUAAGAAAUCUGUUUACAAGCAACAAUUACUUCACAUUUGACUCUGAAAAGGUAUGGUUUUUGGAGGAAGAGAAGCUGCCAGUAGUUAGCAGUUUGCCCGAGGGACAGAACAAAUAUAAGAUUUUAAUGAAAUCACCUUGGGAAAUACUCCAAUCUCCUGUUGGAUCUGGAGGACUUAUUAGCUUGUUUUCAAAACAUAGCAUUGCAGAUAAUCUUAUUGACAUGGGUGUAGAGUACAUUGAGUUAUGCUGCCCAAGUGAAAAGAUUGCUGGUGGAAACUCACUACUUCUUGGGUUGAUUAAUUCACGGGAAGCCACAAUUGGGGUACAAAUUUCACCUAAAAUAGCCGAGUCGGAAAUUUUUUUUGACAUGAUAUUGUCGAUGGAUUUUGUAAAGAAGUUAAGUAAUCAGAGCAACAAACUCCAAUUUGAUGCAAUCCCAAAGGUACAUUCCUUUGUUGAGAAAGUUGACAAAGAAUGGGUUACUGUCACCUCGUCCAGCCCCAAUUCAUAUGAGCUCUCUAGUAGUAUAUAUAGUUCCUUAAACGCAUGUUCAUUGGACAAGGUUUGUAUAGUGGAGGUUAGAGAAUAAUCCAAUAAAUUAUAUUGAUUUAGUGAUGAGAUUAGAUAGUACUUCAGAUACUCAUGUAAAAGCGGGAAAGGAAUUACAAAAGCUCAAAAAGAAAAAAUGGUGGGAAUAUAUAUGAUGAUCGUGUAUGAUAUUCCUGGAGUUUUUUAUGUACACACGAGAUUCAACCAUAUUUUAUGAAUGAGAUUUACCGGUUGUGCUGGA